AGGAAUUCUAGAAAGAGAAUGAAUCUAGAUAGAGAAGAGUUAGAUCGCCCUCAAAUUGCUGUGAAUACGACUGCAAAUCCACCUCUCUAUGCCACUCUUCAUUAUUAUUACAAAUAGGAAUAGCAUUUGCUUUCCAAAAUGGGAGUCCCUCUCAAAAUUUCUUGCAACCUCUACAAACUUUCUCAAUCCAAGUCUCCCCUGCCUUAAAAAUCACGUCUUUGAUUGACCCUAUAAAUCAAUUGGGAAAGGAAAAAAGAGAUUGAAAUACAAUAGAAGCUUCGACGCCUCAUUGCAUUACCACUUCUGAUCCAGUGCUUUUCGGGUGGAUUUGAGAUUAUCUGUUGAUUGGUUGGAUUGCCUUUAUCAAUGGGGGAAGCUCCAGCUUUCAUUUCUGAUGAUUUUUCAAAUGGUCUUCUCUUGAAAUCUAAGGGCUGCGAAACAAUCAUCAACAUGGGCUGCAAUAGAACAUUUGUCAUUGGUGCCAUGGGAAAUGGAUCUGAUUCCUCCAUUGGAGUUCGGAUUUUCGAGAAAUCCACCAGCGAAUGGGUGAUCCCAACUGUGUUUGGGACGAGACCUACGCUGUCAAAGGGUCACUCGGCUAUAGUUUUGGAUGAAGAUCGGAUUUUGGUCGUUAAGGGUAACUCGACCUCAGAUGAUUGCUUUUGGUUUCUUGAGGUUAACACUGUGUUUGUGAGAGAGCAGAGAGCUAGACUAGGUUGUGAAGUGGUUGCUUGGAGUAAAGGUGUGGUGGGCGAGGCUCGAAUACCCGUUGUCAUAAGUGGUCCUUCGGGGGUUGGUAAAGGCACCCUUAUUGCCAAACUGAUGGAGGACUUCCCAACGAUGUUCGGGUUCUCAGUGAGCCACACCACCCGAGCUCCAAGAAGCAACGAGCAGAAUGGCGUCCACUAUCAUUUCACUGAACGUGCUGUGAUGGAGAAAGAUAUACAGGAUGGCAAAUUCUUAGAGUUUGCAGCGGUUCACGGGAACCUCUAUGGGACGAGUGUAGAGUCGGUUGAGGUGGUUACCGACCAAGGAAAGAGAUGCAUUCUUGACAUUGAUGUUCAAGGGGCUAGAUCAGUAAGGGAUAGCUCUCUCGAGGCCAUAUUUAUCUUUAUCUGCCCUCCUUCGUUUGAGGAGCUUGAGAAACGCCUUCGUGCUAGGGGGACUGAGACAGAAGAGCAGAUCCAAAAACGUCUACGGAAUGCUAAGGCAGAGAUUGAUCAGGGAACCUCGCCCGGGCUCUUCGAUCAUACCUUAAUUAAUGAUGAUCUGGAGACGUGCUACGAGAAUCUCAAAAAAUUAUUAGGGCUCAGUGAUGGGAGUGCCAAAGCUACCAAUAUCUCAGCUCCAGAGAUGGUCCACGUGCCUGUGGAACACACCGUCUCAAAAAUCGACCAGAAGAUCCUCAUAAACUGCAAUACUUCGCACCAAGAGAAACCGGCUAGCAGCAUGUCUGUGCUGGAUUUAUCGUCAAUCAAGGGUGGCGCGCCUGGCAGGACAAGGGGUCUGAACUUCUACGCGGCUGGGCCAUCCACGACCGGCAGUAAUGGCUUCAAAGUGGAAAGCUAACAUCAACCUCUCUAUUCUAAAGAUAUUUCAUUUACCUUACUUUCAUCCACAAACUUACCUAGUAGUUUAAGGGCGUACGGCUUUAUAAACAAGCGUACGCAAAUAGCUAACAAACUAUUUUCACCCCCCGUGAUUUCAUGAUUCAUAUGUUGGAUUCUCGCGUGGAGAAACACGAAUAUUGAUUCCCCCUGUUGUUGGGAUAUGAUAGAAAAUUCGAACUUUCCUUCGA